AUGUGUCACCAAGACCUUAUCGCACAUGAAUAUAUUACGUGCUGUAAGGGGCACACUUUUAUAGUUUAUUCAAAGAAUUUACGGAUAAAUGACGAUAAAGAAGUAGACUACUCUAUACCAACAUUAAAUCAGAAAAAUGAUUCACCCAAUAAUAAUGUUAAUAAAAAGAAUGUAGUUGUGCUUCUUUUACAUGGGUUAAAUGGUGGCACGUACCAAUUCGAAAAAUUAUUUACGUCGCUCAUUCGUUUUAACUAUCGGUUUCUGUCCCUAGGUUAUGCACAUGUGUACGUGUACUUUUAUGGCCAUGGGAAUAGUAGCUUGUUUGAGAACCUAAAUAAAUUUACUGAAAAAUUAUAUACACAGCAAAUAUAUGAUGUUUUAGAAAAAAAAAAUGUUUUAAAUGAAAAUUUUAUUGUCGUUGCGUUUUCCAUGGGAUGUAUUAUUGCCGCUCACCUUUCUGUAGAUAGUAAAAUAAAAGUAAAAAAGUUUUGCUUAAUUAGUGCUGCUGGAAUGGCCAAACCUAGACAUCGAUUCUUAAUUUUCCUCUUAAAGCAUAACAGAUGCCUUUUUCUCAGACUAGCAAAGCGAUAUAGCCGUUCGGUUAUUUCGGAGGAUACAGUUAAAAAUGAUUAUUACAACUUUGAGAACAAUUUAGAAGACGCAACAAAGCGAUAUUCUAUUCUUAAGGAAAAUCAAGAAAAAUUUAUUGAGACAUUUCUGAAGGUACUAAUUGGAUUAAAUAUACAAGACUCUAAGAAGCAGUAUUCUGCAUUGUUAAAAUCAAACGUUGACGUUCUUUUCAUCUACGGUAGGGAGGAUAAAAUAACUCCGUACGCGCACACCAUAAAGUUUUUAGAAAAAAAAAAGGAAUUCGUUAAAAAUGUGAAAAUGAUAAUUUUGCCUGAAUGCUGUCAUCUUGUCAUUCACGAAAAGUUUAACGAACUAGUCUAUCAUUUGAUGCAUUUCUUGGAGUAA